AUGAUUGAUUUUAGAAAUGAAAGGAAAAAUUUCCAGAAGUUGUUGUUGGAAGAUAUCGAACAACAGCCAGUGGAAGAGACAAAAUCAUUUGUCCUGCGUCCAUUACUACAAAAAGAUCCAAAAGAAGGCACGUGGAAAUACGUUACAGCAUUGCAGGUGCCAAAAAAAGAAGAAAUAAUUCACGAAGAAGGACGUAGAAAAGGCAAUCAUUUGCCUACAAUGGAUGAUGCUAGUUUUUUGAUCUAUUACAUCUAA